CUCUUCUCUUUCUUUGUCAAAUAUCUAUGGGUAACCUCUCCUUCCCCAAUCCCUCCCUUCAUCUACACUCCUCCCAUUGACUUCUGUCUCCUCCUUUUUCACUUCCUCUCCCCCUUCAGUCCCUCGGCCAUGGAUGACCACUCCGCAGGCAACAACAGCAGCAGCAGCAGCCCGGGCGGCGGCUCCACCGCCAACCGCACCGCCACCGAGCCCAUGCGUUCCCGUUGGACCCCGAAGCCCGAGCAGAUCCUCAUACUUGAAUCCAUCUUCAACAGCGGCAUGGUGAACCCCCCCAAGGAUGAGACGGUGAGGAUCCGCAAGCUCCUCGAGAAAUUCGGUGCAGUCGGCGAUGCCAACGUGUUCUACUGGUUCCAGAACCGGCGGUCGAGGUCCCGCCGACGCCAGCGCCAGCUGCAGGCUGCGCUCGCUGCCGAUCCGAGAGCUGCAGCCGGCGCCCACCAAGUCGGCGGUGCAAUUUUGUAUGCACCUUGUACAUCUAACUCGUCCGGCACGUCGUCUUCCAAUUCCUCGAGUGGAGGCUUCUUCCCUGCUUGCUCUUCUUCAGCUUCUUCUUCUUCUUCCUCCUCCUCUAGCUUCAUGCAGGAUGAUGGUGCCGAUGAUCUCUUUUCAAUCUCUCGCCAAAUGGGCUUCACAGACAACACUCAAACUCCAUUCAUGUACUCUUCGGAUGUCACGCAGUUACACUACCAACCUGGGAGUAUCACUGUAUUCAUCAAUGGAGUCCCUUCAGAGGUUCCAAGGGGCUCAAUAGACUUGAGGGCUAUGUUUGGCCAAGACGUGAUGCUCGUUCAUGCCUCUGGAGAGGUUCUUCCUGUCAAUGAGUAUGGAAUUCUAAUGCAGAGCUUGCAGAUGGGUGAAAGUUACUUCCUGGUUUCAAGGCCUACCUAGUCUGAGUUCAAAAUUGGAUGAAUAAAACAAUGGUGGUCCUUAACGAUUCAAUUAAAAAUAUAUGGUGCGGUUUCAAUCUCACAAGAAAGCAAGCUUGCAUGCUUGCGUGCUGCUAUCCCAUUUCUCUUGUUACAGGCUGCUCUCUUAACCCUUGUGUCAUCACAAGUUAAUUAAUCCUGCUAUUUCUUGAGACGAUGUAAUUUUCCACUUCUUAAACCAUGGUAUUCAGGUUCCUGAACUCAUUUCGACUGGAAGCAAAUUAAUUUUUUA